AUGUUCUCCCUCUGGUGGGUGGCCCUGACCAGUGGCUGGCAGAGUGGCCUCCACGGAGGAAGCAAAGCCACAGCAGAAGCAGCGACGUGGGAAGGACUGGCCCUGCGCACCCAAGGUUCCGAUCCCGCCAGGCCUCCCGGCCGCCUGUGUGUCCUGGGCCGGUCGGCCGGCCAGAUCUGUUGCGUCGGCCCCUUUGUGAGCGCCUGUCCAGCAUGGGGCCUGCGCUGCACCCUGGGGACAGCGGCCCUGCCCAGAAGCAGGCGGACGCAGGUGGAGCCGCCAGUGCGGGGCGGACGGUGUGCCGUGGGCUUUCAGCGGGAGCUGCCGGACACGUGGGCGCCCUUCGGGGCAGACACAGGGAGAGGCGUCUGGUCGGUGGGCCGGGGAAGCCCACUCCCUACAGUGUGGGGGGCGGGCCUGCAUGGCCGAGACCUGUGA